UGUAAACAUGUUUCCAUGCCAACCACCUGGUAGCUACAGUAAGUUACCGGUUUUGUUGUUUAUUUGUUUAGCUCUGUGCACGGAAUGUCUACCCGACGAACAAAGACUGGUUGGCAAGCUUUUUAACAAACUCACGUACGACAACAGUGUUCGUCCCGUGUUCAACUCCUCAGAGAAUGUCGUCGUCGGCUUCGGCUUCAGUCUUAUACAGAUUAUGGACAUGGACGAGAAGAACCAACUAUUGAUCACAAACGCCUGGCUACAACAUACAUGGAUAGAUGAACGAAUUAGUUGGGAUACAAAGGAUUACAAUGGGCUCGAGGUUAUACGCCUUCCUGCCAAAAAAUUAUGGCUGCCUGAUGUUGUACUUUACAAUAACGCGGAUGACUACACCUCUGGGUUUAUGCCUAUCAACGCCAUGGUGAAAUAUAACGGAGAAAUUUUCUGGUCGCCACCUACACGGCUAAGGAGUUCCUGUAAAGUUGAUAUCACGUACUUCCCUUUCGACAGUCAGAUAUGUAAACUAAAAUUCGGGUCCUGGACGUACCCUAAAGCUCAGGUAGACCUUGUCAAUAUGAGUGGAUUGGUGGACCUCACAACCUAUACCACCAAUGGAGAAUGGAUGCUGAAAGAAUACUUUAUCACACGUAACGAAAUAGUGUACCCAAUCGGUAACGAUAUAUACCCUGACGUCACAGUCAUCAUCGUCAUACAGAGAAGAAUCCUCUACUACAUCCUCAAUAUCAUCUUCCCAUGUUUCUGGCUCAAUGUCCUUAGCGUGUUGACGUUCUGUCUACCGCCUGACGCCGGGGAGAAAAUCAGCCUGAGCAUUACUGUCCUUUUGUCCUACUCCGUGUUCAUGUUACUGGUGGCGGAGAGCAUGCCUCCGACGUCCGAGUUUGUGCCGUUAAUAGGUAUUUACCUCACUGUGUCAAUGGCGUUAGCCUCCAUCUCGGUCAUCCUGACGGUGUUUGUGCUGAAAAUCCAUCACUGCGCCCCCCAUCAACCUCGUGUCCCCAAGUGGGUGAGAAGGUUGGUUCUGGACUUCCUCGGUGGCCUCAUGCAAUGUAAGUGCCUUAAAACUCAGAACAAUCUCGGCAGGAGAAAUAGAGGUGGGGAUAUUCAUGGACCGGAGGAAUCAGAAAUACUCUCUAAACUCAUGAAUGAUAUUGCAGCAACGAAAGACAAUAACAGACGGCGCUGUCAACCGAACGAUUCAUAUGUGUCAUCUCAAAGCGAGGCUGGUAGCGUCAUAGCCGAUCUUAGGGGUAGCAGCUUCCUCGCGGAUUUACGAGGGAGUCUGAACAUGUCGAAUCGAAAUUCGUACGUCGAUGAUCAUAACGGGAAUAACGACGGCGUGAAUGACGGUAAGAAAGGAAUCAUGGAGGACGUCCUGAAAUAUCUACAGUGUAUGCUUGCUAAAAAUGACCAGCAAGACCUUGAAGCGGAGGUACUGGACGAGUGGAAACAAGUGGCCACGGUGGUGGACAAAGCCUUGCUGUGGACUUUUCUCGGGAUCACGCUCAUAUCGACACUUAUCAUACUCAUAAUCAUUCCUCUCACCACCUACUCUAUGACAGGCGGACUCUAACACACGCAUUCACAGCUUUUGUUAACUCGUACACCAUUUGAGUUUUUGUUUUGGUUCCUCUUUGUGUUAAUCAAAAGGGGUGUGUUAUCGGUCCCUUUAUCAAGUAACGUAUCUAGAAACACCUGUGAAAGAUUGUGUGGAGAAAUAGAGGAGAGUUUUUAGAUAUGAUAUUAUAUAUGUUAUCUAAGAUAAACGAAUAAUUCACACUGAAAGAAUUCGCCUGUUGUUCAAAUUGUGUAAGUGAAUUAAAGAAGAACGUUAGCGGGCGAUUCCGGUAGAAUUAUAUGUUUCUCCGGAAUGUCUAGCGGAGCUGAGAAGAUUAAAGUAGACGGAUAACGAAGUAUUAUCAUAAUGUACGUAUUCAUUACCCAAAAGAUAUAUGAUUAUACAACAGCAUAUACCAAAAGAUACAUGAUUAUACAACAGUAUAUACCAAAAGAUAUAUGAUUAUACAUCAGUAUAUACCAAAAGAUAUAUGAUUAUACAACAGUAUAUACCAAAAGAUAUAUGAUUAUACAUCAGUAUAUACCAAAAGAUAUAUGAUUAUACAACAGUAUAUACCAAAAGAUACAUGAUUAAACAACAGUAUAUACCAAAAGAUAUAUGAUUAUACAUCAGUAUAUACCAAAAGAUAUAUGAUUAAACAACAGUAUAUACCAAAAGAUAUAUGAUUAUACAACAGUAUAUACCAAAAGAUACAUGAUUAAACAACAGUAUAUACCAAAAGAUAUAUGAUUAUACAUCAGUAUAUACCAAAAGAUAUAUGAUUAUACAACAGCAUAUACCAAAAGAUAUAUGAUUAUACAACA